AGCUGUUUUUGGCAAGAACAAGGUUUCCCUCAGGAUGCGCCCGAGCCGCUUGGUCUGGCUCGUGCUCGCCGCGCUCCUACAGCGCGCUGCCUGUAGCCUCGAGGCUGUCGACGUGCGUGACCGGGCCAUCUUGCUCGCAGGCCAUGUGAGCGGCCAGCUCGUGGCCUUUGAUGCGUGGACGGGCGAGGUCAUCAACUCGAUCGACUCGGGCGGACCGCUCGUGACCAACUGCCGACCGGAGCUCCUGCGCGGCGCGUUGCACCCGCGCAUCCCGCGCUCGAUUGGCGCCAGUAGUGCAGCGCCGGCGACGGACGUGGCGCUGGCAUCGGCGUGGUCGGCCGAGCAUAGCUUCCUCCCCAACCUCGCGAACGGCGGGCUCUUCCACUACGAGAAGCGUGCGCAGCAGUGGAAGCAAGUGGAGCUCUCAACCGACGAGCUGCUGCAGGCUAAGACGCCGCUCCGCGUCCGCGGCAGCCCCGACCUCGCCGACGUGGUGUUUGUGGCCGAAAAGUCCCAAAAGCUCUUUACCUUUGACACGCACACGGGCCAGAUGCACCCGUUCUUUUCACCCGACGCACCGUCCGUGCUGCUCAACGACGACGACGACGACGACCGGCCUGCGCGCAUGCUCUUUGGGCGCGUCGACGUCACGACCAAGAUGGUCAACGCGCUCGACACGACCGAUUUCAAGUGCGUCACCGUGUCCGAGUACUUUGUGCAGUUUGCAUCGCACGCUACGUGCCAGCGGGGUCCAUCGCCGGCGCUGCGGAAGAGCCCGUACGUCGACGUCUCGCGCAGCGAUGCCGGCACGUCGCUCUCGAUUUACGACCCGCACUCGCAUGCGCUGCUGUGGUCCUGGGACGCCAAUGGUGCGCUCACCAUGGUCUACGGCAUGCUGCCCCACUACGGCGUCAAGUUUUACGACUGGUCGCUGACGCACAAUGACGCAUCCUACGACGAGGCGUGCCCGCUGAACGACGACGACGACGCCAUCACCGAUCUCGACAACGUCUGCGAGCCGAGCCCGACCAAAGACGACCUCGUCGUCGGCCGUGUCGCAGGACAAAUGUACCUGCUGCCGUCGUCGCCGCCCCAACGCCCGACGUCCACGAAAAGUAUCAACUAUACUGGCCGGCGUCCGUGGCAGUCGGUCGUCAUCGACGGCAAGCAAGGCGUCUUCAUCUCGUCCAACAGCAUGCUAUGGAUUUGCGUCGUGGCCGUCUCGGCGGCCCUCGGCAUCGCUCUCUUGAUGUACUACUGGCGAGCCAAGACGCCGUCACCGCCGUCGUCGCCGAUGGCCGAGACCCCGGCACCACAGCCGGCGCCGCCCCGCAUGUCGCCCAAAGGCUCGCCGACGGCGGCGUUCCUCGGCAGUCCGACGCUCUUUCGCAUGCACACGGAGGACGACGUGCACUUGCCGUCGCUCGUGACCAUGUCACCAGGGCGUAUCCAGCGGUCGGUCUCGUUUGGCGGCUUUCCGUUGGAGCCAUCGAAGUGGAAGAUGCCAGAGCUCAAGCUCGGCCACCGCCUCUCGACGGAAGAGUCGGAGGCGUCGCAGCGGUCGGCCCAGAGCGACAACUCGCGCCCGAUCGGAACGCCGCCCACGUCCAGCACGUCGUUGACACCGAUGACACCGACGCUGACACCGAUGACACCGACGCUAACGCCGAUGACACCGACGCUAACGACAACGGUUGUUCUGGACGCAGACUUUCGCAAGGUUUUGCCGUACAUUUGCCGCGGCCGGUUCGCGAACGAGUUUGACGAGCUCUCGGUCCUUGGCAAGGGCGGGUUUGGCCAAGUCAUUCUGGCCGAGAACCGAUUGGACGGUCGUCGCUAUGCCGUCAAGCGCAUCGGUCUUUGCCUCAAGCACCAGACCAAAGAGACGCUCGAAAAGUUUCUGCGUGAAGUCAAGAUCCUCGCUCGCCUCGACCAUUCGUACAUUGUGCGCUACUACCAGGCGUGGCUCGAAGAACUCGACGAGGCCGACUCGGUGAGCUUUGCCGCAAGCUCCGAAGACGCGUCGAGCCCGCGCUGGAUGUCGUCGACGACCGACUACUCGAAAGGGAACAUUCUCCAGCGCCGCUUUUCAUCCGACGACGACGACGACUCGCCGACGACCCGAAAGCGCUCGAAGCGAACGACGUUCUUCCAUAUUGGCGACGACGACGAUGACGACGACGAUGCGAGUCGCGACUCGUUGUUUGCUCCGGCGCCGCACCUCCACGACGACGACGAUGGUGGCUUUGAGUGGGAGGCCAGUCCCGACGACGACGACGACAACAAUGACGCGUCGGCGUCGAUGGCGCAGUGGUCGGAGAGUGACCUCACGCGCCCAACGCACGAGCCGCGGUCGGCGGUGCUCGACACGCUCCGGUCCACGACUAACGAGCGCGUCGACCACUGGUUGUACAUUCAGAUGCAAUAUUGCUCGGCCAAGAGCCUCGCCGAUGUCCUUGCGAGCACUGACCGGAUCGUCGACGUGCCGCAUGUGCUCCGCGUGUUUAGUCAGAUCGCGUCGGCGCUCGAGCACGUGCAUUCGCUCGGUCUCAUCCACCGCGACCUCAAGCCGGCCAACAUCUUUGUCAUGGACGAGGCCGUGCAAACAAUCAAGCUCGGCGACUUUGGCCUUUCCCGGUACGCUGGUAGCACGGGUCUUCCUGAUGCCACCGGCUCGUCGACGACGACACUGCUCGAUGAAGACGACGACGACGACGACGAAAAGACGGCUGGCGUCGGCACGUACCUCUAUGCAAGUCCCGAGCAAAUCUCGGGCGAGCUCUACUCGGCCAAAGCCGACCUCUACUCGCUGGGCAUGAUCCUCUUUGAGCUCGGGCACGCGCCGUUUGGGACCGCCAUGGAGCGCAUCGUGACGCUGCGGCAGGUGCGCGACGGGAGUAUCCCGCCCGAGUGGCUGCCGCAGAGUCCAGAGAUUGUGGCCUUGGUGCGCCGCCUCGUGUCGCUCUCGCCCGCCGAGCGCCCAACGGCCAAAGAUGUGGUGCAGUGGUGCCACGCGCAGACCAAAGCCAAGCGCCGGUUCGACGCCAACGUCCAUUUGCUCCAGGUACAAGCUACCGUCAUGGAGGACCCGACGUUGUACCACAAUUUGCUCUUGGCGCUCUGCGAAGUCAUCCGCGCCACGAGCGCCAACGUGUGCAUUCUCGCGUGCGGCCUCCAGCAGCACAGCACCCGCGGCCAGCUCCUCGAGUUUUCGCUGCAGGCGGACGACGACAGCACGAUCGACGACGUGCUCAACGCGAUUGCCCUUGUCGACGGCGUCGCCAGUGUUGAAAAGCUCCACUGAUCCAGACCCGAGUGCCGUACAGUUAACUUAAAAAACGCAAGAAAAGACCAUGCGGACGCAAGGGAUCGAACCUUGGGCCGAUGGGGUGUCUCGUUCGGCUCGUGUUGUGUGAGAAAGAAAAGAAUGGGCGUCGAGACA